GAGAGGGCUGAACACGGGCUCCUGCCAGGUGUGGUGAGGGUGCUGGGUGCUGGGUGCAGCUGCAGUGUGUGAAGAGCAGAGUGAGUGCAGAGAUGGCCACGGAGGGCACGGCCAUCAUUUGCCGGGCAGCUGUGGCAUGGACACCGGACACCCCAGUGUCCCUGGAGGACGUGCAAGUUGACCCCCCCAAGGCGGGUGAGGUGCGGAUCAAGAUCCUGUUCUCGGGGCUCUGCGGUACUGACCUGCACAUCCUGGAGGGGAGGACGAAGAUGCCCUUCCCCAUAAUCUUGGGCCACGAGGGAGCUGGUGUGGUGGAGAGUGUCGGGGAAGGCGUGACCACGGUGAAGCCAGGGGACCAUGUGCUGCCACUAUCCGUGCCCCAAUGCAGGGAGUGCCGCUCCUGCUUGCACCCCAAGGGGAACUUCUGCCGGAAGGAAAACAUCAUCUCUCCAACGGGCCUGAUGCUAGAUGGUACCAGCAGGUUCACCUGUAAGGGAAAGAGGGUCUUCAACCUCUACGGCACCAGCACCUUCUCUGAGUACACGGUGGUGUCUGAGAUAGCGGUGGCCAGAGUGGACAAGGCCGCCCCCCUGGACAGGGUCUGCAUCAUGUCCUGUCAGGUGCCCACGGGCUUCGGGGCUGUAGUGAACACAGCAAAGGUCACAUCUGGGUCCACCUGCGUGGUCAUCGGGCUGGGAGGCAUCGGCCUGGCCAUUGUCAUGGCCUGCAAGGCCUCUGGGGCGGCCAGGAUCAUCGGCGUGGACAUCAACGAAGACAAAUUCCCCUGGGCACGCGAGCUGGGCGUCACAGACGUGCUCAACCCGGGGCAGCUGUCCCGGCCAGUACAGGAGGAGAUCCAGGAGAUGACCGGAGGGGGCGCCGACUUCGCCUUUGAGGCCGUGGGCCUCAAUGACACCAUGGUGGCCACACUGGAGUCCUGUGACCCGAGCUUUGGGGUGGCUGUGCUGGUCGGCAUGGCCCCCAGUGGACAGAAGCUGACCUUUGACCCCAUACUGAUGCUGCCUGGGAGAAACCUACGUGGAGGCGCCAUGGGAGAGUACAAAACCAGGGACGCCAUCCCCCAGCUGGUGAGCGCCUACCUGCAGGGGCACGUGCGCACCGACCCCCUCAUCACACACCGCUUCCCCUUCCAGGACAUCAGGCGGGCCUUCCGCCUGCAGCAGGAGGGCGGCUGCAUCCGCUGCGUCCUCAGGCUUGGAGAAGGACAGGAGGUGAAGGAUGAGCAGGGAGGUAGCCUGUGACGCUCCCUUCACCCCACCAUGCACAGACUCCCCCUUGGGAGGGAGGCGUAUAUGAAAUAAAGAAAUUCAGAAAC